AUGUCUUAUGCUCAGUGUCCUAAACCUAGAGGAGUGACAAGAGAAGUGGUGAAGUGGCUGCAGAGCCUCGACCUGACAUUUAAUCCGAAGAAUACGCACAGGGAUUUUUCCAGUGGUUACCUUGUGGCAGAGUUAUUUUCUCGUUAUUACCCCCAACACUACCCAGAGCAUUCAUUUGACGAAGGAACAUCACUUUCUGCCAAGCAGAGGAUGAGCCAGAUAGAGCGGUCUUUACAGAAGCAGAGUUUGCAUUUGACAAAGGAGGUUGUGGAUGGAACCAUUCACUGUAAACCAGGAGCAGCCUUUUCUAUUUAUUUUGUGCUGUGUGGUUUGAUUCUCAGGAAUGCUGAGGGUCCAGAGUUUGAAUUCACUGACCGAGGGCACCAGGAGCGGCUGCCCACGCUGGUCCGCUCCACGGCCUCUAAAGCAAUCAAGAACAACCUGAGGAUAACGGACAGGCAGAGGUCAUCCUCCACAGGCACCUGGAGAGCAGGGCUACAGAGAGGGCUCGCAACCCUGGCACUCAUGGAUGCUCAGUGUAGGGAACAGUUGAGCAGUGAAGCUCGUGAAAAACGGACGACAGGAUGCUGCACACCCCUCCGUCGCACAUGCGCUUUCCUGCCAACCAUAGAGACCACCCUCUGUUCCAUCCAGCCCCCCUACUCCCCUCCUCCUCCUCCUUCUCCUCCUCCUCCUCCUGGUCCAGGGACUAAGGGGGUUUUCAGCACUUGCCACAGCAGCUUUGCAAUGGACAGCACCACAAAGACUCAGUGA